AUGGAGGAUCAGAGAGAGCUCCGGCCAAUCCCGGCCUAUUACUGUUGUUACCUUCUCCGCUCAACCGUCCGACACGCUUCGCUGUAUAUUGGGUCCACGCCAAACCCAAUCAGGCGACUCCCACAACACAAUGGAGAUGCUAAAGGCGGAGCCAAACGGACGGCCCGAGAUAAAUUACGGCCUUGGGAGAUGGUCUUGGUCGUUGAGGGGUUUAUGAGCAGAGUGGGGGCUCUUCAAUUUGAAUGGGCCUGGCAACAUCCGGAUAGAACUCGACAUAUUCAUCCGGAAAGUGAAGAUCAACAGUCUCAGUCCAAAGUCAUCGUGAAUCCCAAGACUGGGAAGACGAGGCCUCGGCCCGGUCGCUCUCGGAGAUCUCUCACGGCCCACCUGGAUGAUCUACAUGCGCUUUUACGCUCCACCUAUAUUUCGAGCUGGCCACUACGCGUACGAUUUUUCUGUGCUGAUGUUCAUCGUGUUUGGAGAGUCUGGAACGAUCGGGUGAAUACUCCUAUCCCUCAUGAUAAGAUCAUCCUAGAUGGAGACUGUUCAGCGUCGAGUGGAGACAGCGAAAGAGUCGGCUGUAUUCAAAACUUAUCGGUUGACUACACCAAACUCGAAAGCUACCUUGAGAAGUCUAUGUUUAUAUUAGACGAUACGGAUGAUCUACAAUGUGAAAUCUGCAAAGCAGUGGUCGCACCAACCGAGCAACAAAUCCUUGUCUGUCCCCAAACGGCGUGCCGAGGCACAUGUCAUCUGUUAUGUCUAUCUACUCAUUUUCUCGAGACAAGCAAUGACUCGGAAGCUCUAGUACCAACACAGGGUACUUGUCCAACAUGCAAAGAAACCGUGCAAUGGCCACUCAUGAUUCAAGAAUUAACUCUUCGCAAUCGAGCUGAAAAAGAAGCCCAAAUUAUUCUGCGCAGGAAAGAAAGGCGCGAACGGAAAGAAUCCGCAAAGAGUUCAAGCAGCAAGACCAACCCUGGGAAGGGAGGGAGAGGGAAUUUGCGUGAUGGCUCCGUGGAGCCAACAUCAACUUUGACCGAGACAGAUCCUUUAUUGGAUGACGAUUGGUGUGAGAGAGUAGACUUGGAGUCAGACACAGAGUUUGGGGUUGGCCGACACAGUCAGCCCUCUCCACCCCCUGCUAGAUUGGAGAUUGUCAUCGAAGAUAGUGACUGGGAUGACGCAGAGCUCGUGGAAUAA